AUGCUGUUGCACUGUGUCCAUGUUUUAGUACUGUGCUUGCAGCUGGGUGCUGCAACGGAUGCGACGUGUCGCCAAUGUGAAGAAAGGCCGAAGGCUCCAAGCCUUUUGUCCUUGAAGUCCGAAGUCGCGAUGAGGUCAGUGCAAACCUCUGAGGGAAUGAUAGGCGAUGUCAUUGCAGACUUCGCCAGCGACACAAGCGACAACAACACCAAUGCUUCAUGGGAGAAAGUAAAUCAAAGCCUCCAAGAUUUGGUGGUCAACGUCAUGGCAGCGGAUGUAAACCAAACCAUGGGUGUUCCAAAUCCUGAAGGCAACCAUACGGACCCUCAGAAUCGCACUGGUUUGGGGAAAUUGUCUCAGACUUUGGAAUUUCUUUAUUUGAAAGUGGCCCAGUUGGAAACUGCAGUUGAGCUGCAAAACAUAGAGUUUAAGAUUGCCCAUGAAGACGCACAAAAGGAGAUCCAGCACCUGAAGGACCGUUUGGAUCACAAGGAUGCGAUGCUGCAGCAGCUGAAUGCCAAGUUGAAGCACCAUCAAUCCCAAUCAGGACAUGGCAAGGAAGAACUCCAGGAGCCUGAACCGGUUGUUGCCAACAAGCACCGACAAGCGUGGGUACAAGAUGCGACUCAAAGGCAUCAGAAGCAUCAAAAGAAGAUGGAUGAAAAAGCACAUCGAGUGCUAAGAGAUGUGUUGCUGAAAUUUCACCGGCAAAGUCAUGGAAAGGAUUGGGCUCCAGCUCCAUCUCCUCCCCCUGCACCUGCUUCGCGUGCUUCGCGUGCUUCGGCUUCGCCUUCCCGGCCUGAUAGUGCGCUCUUACAGCGCCAGGGCCGCUCUGGACGUGAGCAAGAAUUGGACAACAGUGUGGCAGCCAAGGUUGUGGAUGAUAUUGUGGAUGGAGCGGAGGAUGUUGGUGGUGCCGUGGUCGAUGGGGCAAGUUCUGUGGUGACCAGUGGAACCGGAUUGGUGGGCGAUGCAUUGAGCGAUGCUUACAAUGCUGCAGCUGACAAGGUGUCCUUUGUGGCCAACACCGUGAUCGACACAGUGGAGCAGGCCGUGGCAAUUCUGAUCAAUGGAUUCGACUUCAGCGCUGGCUGCCCUCAUUGGAUCUGGCCUUCACUGCAGGUGAGCAAUAGUGAGAUUACCAUUGGCUGGGGCCGGCAGAUGUGUGAGGUAGUCUUGGUGGGACAGAGGCUGACUUUAUUUGAUUUCAACUGGGGCACGAUUGCUGUGCCCUACCCAGCACCUAUUGCGGCGAUGGUUGCCAUGGGUUCCAACCUGGUGAACUGCAUCAGUGGCGGUGGGCCAGCAUUUGAUAUUUUCAAGUGUGUUGCGAAGACCAUUGGAGAGACCUUGCUGCAGGUGGUGCCGCCCUUCAGCAUUUUGACGAAGCUCUCGGCCAUGCUCUCAGAGUUCCUGGCCUUCUUUGCGGAGAUGGCCAGUGGUGCCAUUUCGGCGGCCGUGGGAGAAACGACCUCCAUGGUUCAGGAAGCAGCCAGCAGUGGAAAGUUUCCGUCCAGUGGUGAGCAGCCCAAACUGGUGAGCAGCCGCAGGGGGCUCUCCACCCAUUUGCGCCGUCAUGUGCAUCACCAGAGGGUCCGCAAGUAG